AUGUCUAAGCUGGAUGAAAUCGUUACCCUUGACGAAGCACCACGCGUGGGAGCUGGCGUGGAAACUUACCCGGCACGCCAUAAUGCGGAGGAAAAGAAAGUCCUCCGGAAGCUGGAUUGGCGUGUAGUCCCUCUCAUCGGGCUAUGCUAUUUCCUUUCAUUCUUGGAUCGAUCCAACAUUGGGAAUGCGGCCAUCGCCGGCAUGAACGAAGACCUUGAUUUGGACACUAAGGGCCGGUAUCCCUGGCUCCUCACCAUUUUCUACAUCGGAUAUCUCGUGGCUCAGGUUGGCGUCCUUGGAUGGAAGAUCUUCCCCCCUCACAUCUGGGCCGCUGUUACCAUGCUUAUCUGGGGCAUCGUGGCGACAUGUCAGGCUGCAGCCACUUCUUGGGCGGGCAUGAUGGUUCUCAGACUGCUUCUUGGAAUUAGUGAGGCGGCCUUUACACCUGGCAUGCCAUACUUCCUCUCCUUCUUCUACCUGAGGAAAGAGUUGGGAUUCCGGUGCGGUCUUUUUCUGUCAUGUGCACCGCUCGCCAACUGCUUUACCGGAGCAUUGGCGUAUGGAAUUACCUCUGGCAACCCCGCGCUGGCUUCGUGGAGACUGCUAUUUCUUGCCGAAGGGCUGCCGACGGUAGUAUUCUCCUUCUUCAUCUUCUUUCUACUUCCCGACUCUCCUGUUGAAGCAAAAUUUCUCAACGAACAAGAAAAGAACGUGGCUCGCGCGAGGCUUAAUCUGCAGGUCGGCAAUAUCAGCGCUGAGGAUCGACGUGGGAAGCUGAAGACCGAGGACACGGUAGCCGCACUACUGGAUUUCAAGUCCUGGAUAGCUGCGCUGAUGUACUUUUCCACCAACGUGUCGUACUCUUCUCUCCCUGUCUUCUUGCCAAUUAUUCUGAAGGAAAUGGGUUUUACGGCGAUUCACGCACAAGGCCUCAGCGCGCCGCCAUACUUCUUCAGCUUUCUCCUCACGAUUGCGAGCACCUAUAUCGCCGACCGCACCCUGCAACGUGGGUACACAAUCAUGGCUUGUUCACUCAUGUCCGCUGUGGGAUACACCAUCCAGGCAGCUACCCACCAAACCGCAGCGCGAUACUUUGGCGUUUUUCUUUGUGCGGGCGGCUUGUUCCCGACCAUUGCGAAUAUUCUUCCCUGGGUGUUGAACAAUCAAGGCUCUGACGACCGACGUGGGGUCUCAUUCGUCCUGCUUUGCAUCGUUGGGCAGGCUGGACCAUUAGUCGGCACACGCAUUUUCCCAGCGAGCGAUGCUCCCUACUAUACGAAAGGAAAAUGGAUUUGCGCGGGAUUCCUCUUCUUCAACUUUAUCCUAGCUGGCUGUCUCAGAUUCUGGCUCAAGAGACAAAAUCUUCACCAGGGCGAGCUUAGUGGAACGGCAGCCGGUGCGGAGACUAAAGGAGGUGACGACUCUGCAGUCGUGGGAAUUGCAACCGAAAACUACGGGGUUGCUUUCCGAUAUGUCUUGUGA